AUGAAGGGCGAGGUUCACCAUCAUUUAGAGGAGAGCAUUCGUCCAUACAUUGACCUGAUUGACACUCUGCGCUCCGUUGGCAUUCAGAAGGACUUGGCGUUGCCGACUAUCGUAGUGAUCGGAGACCAGAGUUCUGGGAAAAGCUCUGUGCUGGAAGCACUGUCUGGAAUUGCAUUGCCAAGAGGAAGCGGAAUUGUCACUAGAUGUCCACUAGAGCUGAGGCUGAGGAACGUAACAGGUGGAGUCAGCUGGAAAGCUGUUCUGCCACGCUUGUCGUAUGAGGAGAAGAUAAUUGAAUUCGGGGAUCCUUCAUUAGUUGAAAAACAUGUUGAAGAAGCCCAGAAUGAGUUGGCUGGAAAAGGGGUGAAAAUCUGUGAUGACCUCAUCACUUUAGAGGUCAGGUCAGCAGAUGUGUGUGACCUCACACUGAUCGAUCUACCUGGAAUCGCUCGAGUCCCAGUGCAAGGACAACCACAAGAUAUUGGAAACCAGAUCAAACGUCUGAUCAUGAAAUUUAUUGAGAAGCAAGAGACUAUAAACAUGGUAGUAGUCCCAUGUAACAUUGACAUUGCAACAACUGAAGCAUUGAAAAUGGCACAAGAAAUAGAUCCUGAGGGCAUAAGAACUCUUGCCAUUUUGACCAAGCCAGACCUCAUAGACAGGGGAACCGAGAAGAAUAUUCUGGCCGUUGUCCAGAACAAAGUGAUUCCUCUCCGCAAAGGUUACGUCAUGGUGAAGUGUAGAGGACAACAACAGAUCGAUGAGAAAAUUCCUCUGGUGGAGGCGACACAAAUUGAGAGAGAUUUCUUCCAAAAUCAUGACUUUUUCAGACCCCUCUUGGAUGAGAAUAAAGCGACUGUUAAAUGUCUUGCCAUCAAACUCACUCAAGAUCUCGUCAGUCAUAUUAAAAAAUCACUGCCAAAGCUUGACGAGCAGAUAAAAAAGCAGUUGUGGGAUGUGAGGAAUGAGCUGAAGGAGUGUGAAGCUGGACCACCACAGGACCUGAAGGGAGCCAAACAAUUCCUCAUUAAAAUAUUAACAAAAUUCAAUGAUAAAAUCAAGUCCUUAUCAUUAGGAGAGCUGAUCAUUGAGGAAAAUUUGUUUGUCCAGCUUCGGACUGAAUUCAAGAAGUGGAAUGAUGGUCUUAAUAACACAAAGACGCCCUUUGACAGUUCGAAGGAGCUUAGCCAGAAUUACAGAGGGAGGGAACUGCUCGGCUUCAGCAACUACAGAGUUUUUGAGAUGAUUUUGCAGGACCGUAUGGCUAAACUUAAAGAGCCAGCCAUCAAAUCACUCAAUUCCAUAAAAGACAUCAUUCUCAAGCAAUUCACUGACGUGUCUCACCAAUGUUUCCGAAACUACCCUGUUCUUCUAAAUACCACUAUGAACAAAAUUGACAAUAUUCAGUCAAGCCAGCAAGCCAAAACAGAGCAGAGGAUCAUGGAUCAGUUUGAAAUGGAAAGCAUGAUCUACACUCAAGAUCCCAUCUACUUGAAGUUCUUGAAUGAGAUUAGCAGCGAGAAAUUUUCAGAAGCGCAAUUACCUGUCUUUGAUAUAAAAAGCAAGUACAGUGAAAUGCUGCAGGCAUAUUAUGAGAUUGUGGUGCAGAGGAUGGCUGACCAACUGCCCAUGCUGAUCUCCUUCUACAUGCUAAAGGAGACUGCUCAGCUCCUGUGUACUGACAUGCUGAGUAUACUGGAAGGGGCAAACGUGAGCGAGCUAUUGUUUGAGGACUCUGACGUCAGCAAAAGACGCAAAUACUUGCAAUCUCGUCUGGGCCGUUUGACUGCUGCUCAGGAAGCACUUAGUGAUUUUAUUUGA